AUGCUCCAUCCCGCAGAGACUGCCAAGGACGGAAAGAAAGACGUGCCAGAAAAUCAAAACGAAGAGAGAAAACCAGACUCACACGCAGCUCCAACCGGAAAUGUUCAGACUGGUCACUGUGGUGCCACCGGAACCAUCAAGAAUCGAGUGUGCUUACGAGUAAUUCCUGUAAAGGUGUUUGGGAAAGAUAGAAGUUGUGAGAAGAUAACUUAUGCAAUAAGAGACGAAGGUUCAAAUACCACCCUUGUGAAAGAGAGUCUAGUCGAAGAAUUGAACUCGAACGGACAGCCAAUAGAUUUCACGCUCACUACAAUGAAUAAUGUGUCACAAGAAUCGGGGAGAUCUCACUUCUUAUACGUUCAAGGUUUGGGUCAGAAAGACUGUCUCGAAAUCCCAAAUGCUUUGUCGGUAAAGUCUUUGUCAGUCGCAAGAAGUUGUAUCCCAAACAAAGAAGACAUUGCUAAGUGGCGUCACUUCGAUGGAAUUUCUAUUCCCGAGUUGGAUAAUACGGAAGUGACUAUUCUGAUCGGUACGGAUGUUCCUGAAGCACACUGGAAGUUGGAAGAGCGUCGAGGUCGUAAGAAGGAGCCGUACGCCAUUAGAACGCCCCUUGGCUGGUCAGUCGCUGGUCCAAUGGAGAGUGCGUCUGCGAACGAAGUGAGUUCCUUCUUUAUUCGGAGUGAGGACGAUAUCUUGACGGAGAAGGUGAACAAGAUGUUCCAAAUGGACUUUAGUGAGACGACGUAUUGUCAAGAUUCGGAGAUGUCGCUGGAAGACAAAAGGGCUCUGGCCAUCAUGGAGCAGUCACUCAUUGUCGUGGACA